GAGCAGCCUGCUACUAUUGCUCCUGGUAUGAUGAUGAUAUCAACCGACGAUCCCAAGGUCACUAGGUCCAAGUCAUCUGCAUCAAAGAAGAGUAAGACGAACCCUAGAUCCCCUACUGACGAUACCGCGACCGACGAUAUGGCCCAGAUGAACGCGAUGAUGGCUGCAGGCGCGUCUCUGGUCCCAGGAGGAAUGGGCUGGCCGAUGCCGCCGCCCAUGCAACCCUCACAAGCAGGGCUGCAAUUUCCGUUUAUGCCUCUUGGCCCUCCUGCGGGUGGAGGGCCACUACAGAUGCCUGGAGGUGUAGGGGGAUUGCCUCCAGGUUUACCUUUCCCGCCGCCUGCUAUUGCUGUUCCUAUCCCGGCCGGUGCACCACUCCCCCACCCUGCACAACUUCCCCCGAACGCACAACUAGUACCUGAUGGGAGAGGUGGACAUACUAUCAUUAUACCUCCUCCGCCCGGCCCAUGGAACCUGCCUUUCCCUGGUCCUGGUAUGAUGCCCGGACCGCUACCCACCCACGCCAAUGGGGGGUUCCCUAUUCCCAUUCCGAUACCGACAACAGCAUCACCGCAACGUACGAAUGUAGAGACGCCAUCCACUAAUGAUAAGACGACUGAACUAUCUACGUCAAGUUAG